AUGCUAGUGUUGGCGCAUACAGUACAGAGUAGUGGUGGAAUCUGCGGAGCAGAGCAGGCCCGCAUUUGCGCAUCAUGUAACGGUCCGUUUUGCAAGCUUCGCAAGCCCUUCACCGGAGAAUCUAAUAACGAGGAUGUGGAUCCCGAGGCGCCGGCGAGAUGUCGCACGGUGUCGUUCGACGCGUCGCAAGAAACGCAUUACGUCAUCGUCGUCCACGGCACGUUCGACGCGCCGCCGGACGACGGAUCGCGCACGUGGUACCAGCCCACGGCGCCCGGCGAAAUCAACUUCUGCAGCAAGAUCGACGCGCGCCUCGCGGAGGGGCCGCUCGGCGGCGGAUGCGUGUGGCGCGAGCUGCCGGCGGAGCCGCCGGCGCGACUCCGCAUUCCGUAUCCGUUUCACUGGGACGGCACGAACACGCAUGAAGGGCGCAUCGACGCCGCGCACAAGCUGGCGCGCCUGUUGGACCUGAUAACACACAGCAACCCCUCAGCGCGUAUCCACGUCAUCGCCCACUCCCACGGAGGCAACGUGCUACUUAAAGCCAUUGAGCUCCAUGGCGGGGCACAGGGCAGGGCGGGUGAAGGAGCAGUACGUGUGCGCGUGCUAGCCACCGGUGGCCGGACUCCUUGCCAGUGCCAACAGGGGAAGAACACCCACCAAUCUUCCUUGUGCUCUGCACCCCGCUUCUCCCCCUUAUUUCCCCUCCGCCAAUUACCCCCCACUUCCUCCCCCCCCUCUCGGGCCGCACGCAGCAUGGCGGGGAGGAGGGAGGGGAGCGUGAAGGAGCAGUACCCGUGGGGGCGCUACCGCUGGCUCGACUCGCUCCUCCGCCUGCCCUCGCAGCGCCAGCGCCUCUUCCUCGCGCACCGCCUGGCCACGAGCCCGCUGUCGAACGCGCUGGGGGGGGUGGUGUUCCUGGGCACGCCCUUCUACAUGAAGACCUGGCAGCGCAACGGCAUGCUGCUGCUGCUCGCCACCACCGCUGUGUCCAUGGUGGUGACGUUUGUGGUGAUGUGGGGCUACGUGCUGCUGUGGCGCCUCGUGGUGCUGGCCAUUGCAGGCGAGCUCUCAAGAACCGCCACUCCCACCUACCUGCCCUUCUCCCUCGCCGCGGCUGUUCUCGUCUUCGCCAUCGUCAGUGUGGCACUGGAGCUCUUCUCCUGCACCGCUCUCCACACCCACACAACCCAUUACACAUCACUCUCGCCGCACCCUCUUUCACCUUCUUCCGUCUUCUUUCUUGCUCGCCUCAACCCGUCUCUUCUCCCCUUCUCUCUCCCUCCUCAGCUCUCCCCUCAUCCUUCUCUGUCCCCCGCUCGUCGCUCUCACCAGCUCUGGCGCAGCACAGCCUUUUACAGCGGCAACAUCUACCACUCGCCCGGCUUUGAUUGGUCGCAUGCCAUGUCAGCACUUGUCAUCCACGCCGGCAAAUUAGACGAAGCCAGCCUGGCGCUCUCCACCGAGCCUAUCGCCCGAGCCUACAUCUUCCCGCAACUAGCCUCCAUGCUCAAACUCCCCUUCUGGAAAGCCCUCCCCCGCCGCCCGGUCACGAGAAAAUGCUCCGAAUGGACGCUUUACAUCAGCAACACUGCCCGGAUUCUCAUGUGGAACAUAAUUUUCAUCCUGCCCGCAUUGGCUGUAGCACUGCUGUCGCGCGUGCUGGCGCCCGUGAUAAUCUCCAUGGUGUGCAACGUGAUCGUGACGGUGAGCUUCGGGCUGUCCGCCAAGGAGCUGAGCUUCGCCAGUGUGUUUGUGGACGAGCGCCUCAACCUGGGGCUCACCUCGCAGCUCAUCGAGCACUGGAACGUGCAGAAACUGCUGGCGCUGGCCAAGACGAGGUCGCUGCAGGGCGAGCUGAUGGAGGGCUAUGAGGACGACACGUGUGACAUGGGGGAGGUUCUAUUUGGGGACGGGCUACCUGAGGAGGGGGUGCCUCGAGAGGGGGUGCCUCGAGAGGGGGUGCCUCGAGAGGGGGUGCCUCGAGAGGGAAUGCCUCGAGAGGUCGUAACCGGGGUAGGGUUACCCGUGAAAGGGGUAACUGCGGAGGGGUUAACUGGGAGGGAGGGGAAGGUGGAGGAGGGAAAGGAGCAGGAGGAGGUUGGAGAGAGGGAGGUGAGGGUGAGGAGUCAAGGAGAAGCUGAUGAACGAGCGGGUGCAGCGGGUGCAGAGGGUGAAGGGAGUGCGGUGAUAGACUCGAUACAGACAGGCGCGUUAAGACCAGAGCCUCUUGACUCGCGAGCAGGGCCCUCGGGUACCCUUUUGGGGGGCGAAGCAGGAGAGGAGGGAGGUGGGCGCAGCGAAACAGGAAGCGCAAGACGAAGCCUAAGCCGCUUCCGAAGGCGCGUGACAUUCACCGAGCGGUCUCUGCGACAGGGAGAGAGGCGAGGGGAGGGCGGUGAGGAGUUGGAUGAGGAGGGAGGUGUGGAGGGGGUUGACGGCAAGGAAAAGCGAGCAGGAAAAGGGGUCAGCUCCCAGGGAGGUGGCAGCUCGGCAUGGAAGGCGGGAGCGGGCGGUUCAUCACGAACACUUUCGGGCGGGGCUUCCGUGGAAAGAGCAAAUGAAGAGAGCAAAGGGAAGCAGCAGCAGGGAAUGGAGGAGAAGGGGAUGGGGUCCAUGGCUGGCAGUGGCGGCAGGGGGGAGCGGCUGGCAUACAAGUUCCUGUGGGACGAUGGUGUGUUGGAGGCAGCCGCACGCGAGUCAGAGACGUACAAGCUGCUGCGCCCACAGCUGCACGCCAUCACCCACAACCCGCGGCUGUCCGACCAGGAGUGCGUGCGCCAGGUGAAGCAGCUGUGUGUGAUGAUCGAGGAGCGCUUUGGCGAGCUCACCGGCCGCUUUGACCUCAACCACGGGGCGUACUUCCGAGAUCCCCGCAUUAUCGGGGCUAUGGUGCACUUUCUGGGGUACAGGGAGCUCCCUGAUUGGUCCAGGGAGAUCGAUACGGAUGUGUUGCGGGCUGAAGAGAGGAUCAGGUUUGGGAGGCUUGGGCAGGGGUGA